UAGUGUGUGUGGGGGGUGGGGGUGAUUGUGUUCUCGCCAUUCUUGAAGACCUGCAACAUAGCGUUAACGUCUGAGAAGCGCUUUUAAAAACACCAGUUGAAAACAUUUUAAUUAUAGAACAGAGAGCGAAAUAUGCAAACUUGGGUAAUUACAUAGAAUUUAAAGCCAGAAAUGGAGAAAGAUUGUAAAAAGUAAUUAAAUACAAACAUAACCUUAAAUUCAUUUUCUCUUCAUUUUACAUUUCAUAUAUAAUUUUGAUAUUUAAAUUGUCAAAUUAAUGAACAUGCCAAAUACAUGAAAAAAUAUCCAUAUUAGUGAAUAGGGGUUAAAACUAGUCAGUUAAAUGAGUUAUUACCUUGAUUAAUUUCAACCCCCUUUUAAAUCCAUAAAUACCAUUUUUUUCCAUGUAUAAUGCACCCCCAUGUAUAAUACGCACCCUAAAAAUGGCAUGUCGAUGCUGAAAAAAAGCCUGUACCCAUGUAUAAUACGCACCCAAAUUUUGACUCCUACUUAAGUCCGUAAACGUAAAAUUAUCUCAGAAAAAAGAUCAUCUUUGGGAACAACCGGUUGCUAUUCUGCCAGUCAGUAUCACUGCGCAUGUGCUAGCAAACUCGAUAGCGAAGAAAUGUUUCGGAUUUGUGUAGGGUACAUUGUGACAGGAAACGAGCAGGUGAUCGAGCAAGCGUCUGAUACGAGAGCGUUGUGUUCGAUUGGAGCGUGUUUGAAGUGAACAGCAGAGAAGAAAGGAACAAGGUUUUUAUCCCAGUGCACAGAACAUGACCUGGAAAUCCGUGAACUUUAAAACCAUUCUGACCUGGGAACCAUUACCAACUGAUUACUCAUACACCGUAGAGUUCUCUGUGGUUGCCAAGGACAAACAGAGGAAUUCUAAUUGCAUACGGAUCUCAACAACUAUGUGUGAUCUGACCAGUUCACUGACUGAUUUAAAUGCCUGCUAUGUGGCUGAUGUCCUGUCUCAUCCCCCACUGGGAGUAGCCUCUGACCUCACUGAGUUUCCCUACACAAGCUCCUCACGAUUCUGCCCCGCCAAUGACACUGAUAUAGGCAGACCUGAUUUCAAGCUAGACGUGAGCGGCGACAAAAAGAAGACUACGCUGUAUGUGACUGACCCACUUACCGCAUUGUUUAAAGAUGAUCAUCAGUUGAACAUUAGAGACAUUUUCUUAAAGAAGCUACAUUAUAAAGUCACAUAUCGUAAAAACAAGAGCUCUGGCAAGAAAAUGUUCAUCUCUCAGACUAAUGUAAUAGAGAUGACUAAUCUGGAUCAAGGAGAAAGCUACUGUUUUAACGUUCAGGCCUUCAUUCCAAGCCGCAGCAAUAAACAGCUAGGAAAAUUGAGCCAAACUCAGUGCUCUGAUGAUGACAAACAAUCCAUCUUUGAGGUGUAUUCAGUGGGCGUGAUUGCAACUGCCAUCGUCCUGAUCUUGCUGCUGAUCUUCAUAGCAGUUGUGACAAUAGUUUGCUGCAGGGGCAAGAAGAGCGCCCUCAAAACUGAAAAAGAAGGAAUUCCACUCCGGAGUAUAUAGAGCAGGGGUGUCAAACUCUGGUCUGUACUGUAAUUAUAUUUGGCACACAAAGACAAAUUGUGCAGUGACUUUGUGUCAAAAUAAGAAUUACAAAUUGUCUUCACUUUUAUAAAAUAGAGCUGUUGCUAGAGAAUUUUUAUCAUUCUUUUUUUUUAUUUGAACAGUUUUUAUCGUAGUCUCUGAUUUCAAAACUACCGUAUUUUCCGGACUCUAAAUCGCUCCAGAGUAUGAGUCGCACCAGCCAUAAAAUGCGUAAUAUAGAAGAAAAACUAAAGUAUAAGUCACAUUUUGGGGGAUAUUUAAAAAUCCAACACCAAAAACAAACCUGUCGUCUUGAAAGGGAAUUUAAAAUAAAAAUAGAAUAGGCAACAACAGGUUGAACGCACGGCAUGCUAACGUUAAAUAAACUAUAAAAUAGAACUGUUGCUAGAGAAUUUUUAUCAUUCAUUUUUAUUUGAACAGUUUUUACCACCGUAUUUUCCAGACUCUAAAUCGCUCUGGAGUAUAAGUCUCACCAGCCAUAAAAUGGGUAAUAAAGAAGAAAGACUUAUAUAAAUAUAUAAGACACACCAAAGUAUAAGUGACAUUUUUGAGGGAUAUUUAUUUUAUAAAAUCCAACACCAAGAACAAACCUGUCAUGUUGAAAGGGAAUUUAAAAUAAAAAUAGAAUAGGCAACAACAGGUUGAAGGUACGGCAUGCUAACGUUAAAUAAACAAUAGAGCUGUUGCUAGAGAAUUUUUAUCAUUCUUUUUUUAUUUGAACAGUUUUUACUAGUCUCUGAUUUCAAAACUACCGUAUUUUCCGGACUCUAAAUCGCUCCGGAGUAUAAGUCGCACCACCCAUAAAAUGCGUAAUAAAGAAGAAAGACUUAUAUAAAUAUAUAAGACACACCAAUGUAUAAGUGACAUUUUUGGGGGAUAUUUAUUUUAUAAAAUCCAACACCAAGAACAAACCUGUCGUCUUGAAAGGGAAUUUAAAAUAAAAAUAGAAUAGGCAACAACAGGUUGAAGGUACGGGUGAGAACGUGCCUGUCGUAACAUAUUAAGUUGUUCCAAUAACUAUCGCAUAAAUAACAUGCUAACAAGUUUGUCGAACCAUCUGCGUCACUCCAAAUCAUUAAAUCCAACAAAAUCUUCAUCCUCUGUGUUACUUAUAAACAACUCCACUAACCCCGCAAAUAGAAGAUGCAUCUUACGUGGCUUACGUCAGACUCAUCAUCAGUUGUAGUUCCAAUUCUUCCACCGGCCUAGAGCGCCCUCAUGCGGUUUAGUGGGAAAACAACAUUUUAAAUUAUAUGUUUUAAUAAUUUCAUACAUAAGUCGCUCCUGCGUAUAAGUCGCACCCCCGGACAAACAGAAAAUAACUGCGAUUUAUAGUCCAGAAAAAGUUAGUUAUCAGUUUGUUGUGUAUUCUAUGCUGUAUAUAAUAUAAGACGUUCAUAAAUUUAUUUGGGUUAGCAGUCAUAAUGGACCUCAGAAGGAAAUUAUGACUACGAUGCGGCGCACAACAAAAAUUAGUUUGACACCUCUGAGAGGGUUCUCGUCGCAGUCACACAUCACUUUUAUGGUACGCAGUAGCUACGGAUAUAGUUCAAUGGAUGGACAUGAAACUAGUUCCAAGAUUUCUAUUUAAACGUGAGAAUCAAUAUUUUGGUUUCUAUGAAACUGCUUCUAAGAUUUUGGGAUGCUUUGUGGACUUUUUCACCAAAUAACCUAAAAACUAGUCUAUCACUGAAAAGUCUUGCCACGCUAUUCUUUGCUGCACAAGUCAUUGCCACAAUUAUUUGCCAUCCAAUUUAUUCAACCAUGGCCCAAGUUUUCUUUUGUUAGUGUAUUUAAUAUCCUCCUCCUCGUCUCUCAGAGAGGACCCAAUGGCAACACAACCUCUGAGCUCAUUAAUGCUACAUGGGAUCGGUACUUGGACUUAUACCAGGGGUGGGCAAUUCCGGUCCUCGAGGGCCGGUGUCCUGCAUGUUUUCUAUGUCACCCUGUUGCGACACACCUGAUUCAAAUAGUCAGAUUAUUAGCAAGGUCUGCAGAAGCUGGAUAACAAUCCUGAUCAUUUUAAUCAGGUGUGUUGCAGCAGGGAGACCUAUGAAACAUGCGGGACACCGGCCCUCGAGGACCGGAAUUGCCCACCCCGAACCUAUACUAUAAACAGAUUAUUUUGUUCAGACAAAUAAAAGUUUUAGUUGUUACCUGCUAAAAGUGUCCACCGGCUCUGAGGAAGACUGGAGUUACAGUCAAAACUGUCAGCAGGUAACAACUAAAACUUUUAUUUGUCUGAGCAAAAUAAUCUGUUUAUAAUCAUUACAUAGACAUAAUGAAUGUCAUUGAAAUAAUCGGACAUAUACUGUUUAGUAUUUACAUGAUUGCGCUUGGGGGCAUUAUACAUGAAUAUAACAUUGUUUAUUGUUAUGCAGAUGACACCCAAUUAUAUAUGAUGUUAGAAAUGCCUCGUUCUGUUUUUCCAAUGCGAUAGGCUCGUUCCACAUCAAUCUAGAUUUGUAUUUGCAAUUGUAGUCGGAGAAUGGGAGCAGCUAACGCUAGCAUUAUUGACCUGCCCAAGCCCCGCGAGCAAUAAGAGCAGCAAUCCUAGCGGCGGGUGCCCUCCAAAGACCCUAUGACCAUCAAAAGAGGCAGGCCAAUGUACAGAACCCAGCGAAAUCAUGACCCCAAAACAAAAAUCCAAGAUGAGGACAAUUACAUGACAGUUUCACAGGUAAACAAUCUAUUACAGUAACAGAAAAAUCUAUUCUUUGCUUUUAAUAAACUAACAAGAAUUCUUAAAGGGUUAUGUCAAUAUGAUAUUGGACUCAAACAACACAAGAUUUGACAAUUCCGAAGGAACUGCAAGAAAUUAAGACUUGCUUGCAGUUCACUGAAAAGGAAAUUGAUGACAUCAAAACACAUCUAGGUAAUAAAAAUAAAAAUAUACAAAUAGACAUUUACAAAAUAUGUGACAGUGCAUUUAACUAUCAGACAAACUGGACUAUUUAGAGGAACAAUAAAAAAAUAAAUAACCUUGUUAUAGAUAGAUUGGAAGAGACACCUGAAGAAACUUUGACUGGUACUAAGAAGAAACGUUAAAAAUAAUUCAAAGAAAAAUUACAAAUACCAAUCUAGAUUAAUGUGGAACGAGCCUAUUGCAUUGGAAAAACAGAACGAGGCAAGGGCAGACCCAGACCAAUUAUUGUCAAAAUUGAAAAAUAUAGACAAAACCAUGAUUCUACAGGAAGCGAAAUACCUCAAAGGAUCAAAGAUAUAUAUAUAUAAAUGAGGACUUUACUAAAACUGUACAAUAAAAAAGAAAAUAAUUGAUACCUUAAUUGAAAGCAGCACAUAAUAGAAGAGAAAUUGCCUAUCUGCGAUAUGAUAAAUUCAUUGUUCACCGCCGGACAAGUACACCAAAACAUGUCGAGCAAAAACAAGCUAGCCAUCAUAUUCUUUUGUUCAGACAAGUUGCAAGGUCUUACUUUGGUAGCUUUUUCUGACAGUUUCGGCAGUAACUUCCGCCUUCAUCGGAAUGUCACAUGAUGUUGUAUGUAACACGUCUUUUCAGCUGUUGUUACUACGAGGGCGUGACCCACCUGUCAAAUCUGACAGGAGGUUCACGCCUGCUGCCCUCUCGCCGCUCCAAAAUGCUGGUUCAGGUGUGUGAGAGCAUGCUUUUUCUCGCAAAUAUAUUGUUAUAAUCAUUUGUUUCAGAUGUACUGUAAUUAUAUAUUCUGUAUAAAAAUUAAAUUUGGUGUUCAAAAAGUAA